AUGCCUCUUCUUUUCCUCCUCUCUACUCCCCCUUCUUCUCCUCUCCUCCUGCCUUCCUCUUUCUCUCCUCCUCUUCUUCCCCUGCCCAGCAACCUCCCAGAAUUUCACACUUUAUUGAUGGAUUACAAAGUUGUGUUUGAGAGAAUCCUGACGAAUACGGCAGAAUACCAGCCCCAGAGCACGGCUGAGUUCCUGCCCGAGUGGGACCUUCCUCCUCUGGCCAGCUUCACAGAGGACUCCCCUGAGGACCGCAGCCUGAGCCCCAGGCCCGAGGACCAGGUCAGUCACAACCUCAACCCAAUAUACACCGCUAUGUGA